GCGACGGUGGAAGUAGUCCCGACCUACAGUGAGCCGAUGGGUCCCUCCGCAGCGGGGGGAAGAGGAUGGCGACCUCGUCGAUGCCGGAGUCGGGGAGAGACGCGCCGACGAAAGCCUCAGAGUGAGGGCCCCGCUCCCCGCGUCCCCCCGGCCAUCCGUCCCCCGAGCCCAUGGAGGAGAACGAGGUGGAGAGCAGUAGCGACGCCACCCCUCGGCCGGGCCGGCCCGAGGAGCCCUCGGAGAGCGGCCUGGGCGUGGGCACCUCGGAAGCCGUGUCCGCCGACAGCAGCGACUCCGCUACGGUCCUGGGCCCGGCCGAGGCGGACGACUCCGGCGUGGGGCAAAGCUCGGACAGCGGCCGCCGCUCUUUGGAGGAGGUAUCUGAGAGCAGCUCCAGCACAGACCCCCUCCCUCAUGGCUAUCUCCCAGAUUCCUCUUCUGUGUCCCAGGGGACUGUGGCCAGGCUAGCGGGUGGCCCCACAGUCCUGGUACACUCGAGUGCCCUCCCAGACCCCAGCAUGCUGGUGGCGGACUGCACAGCUUCCUCCUCAGACCUGGGCUCAGCCAUCGACAAGAUCAUUGAGUCCACCAUUGGGCCCGACCUCAUCCAGAGCUGCAUCACUGUGACCAGUGCUGAAGAUGGCGGGGCUGAGACCACACAGUACCUCAUCCUGCAGGGCCCAGAUGACGGUGCCCCCAUGACAUCAGCACUGUCCAGUUCCACCCUAGCCCACAGCCUGGCAGCCAUCGAAGCCCUGGCGGACGGCCCUACGUCAACAUCCACAAGUCUGGAGCCUUCUGAGGAGGCAGUGGCCGGAUCGAGCUCUCAGACCCAGCCGCUCCCAGCCCCUGGCACUGAGGAGCUGGACCUGCAGAGCCUGGAGGCUCUGAUGGAGGUGGUGGUGGUCCAGCAGUUCAAGUGCAAGAUGUGCCAGUACCGGAGUAGCACCAAGGCCACAUUGCUGCGGCACAUGCGGGAGCGGCACCUCCGCCCAGUAGUGGUGUCCACAGCUGGCAAAAAGGGACGUCUACGGAAGGGGAUGCCGUCGCUGACCAAGACCCCAGAGGAGGAAGGGCCAGAGGAGGAGGAGGACGAUGACAUUGUAGACGCGGGGGCCAUCGAUGACCUGGAGGAGGACAGUGACUACAAUCCAGCUGAAGAUGAGCCCCGAGGCCGGCAGUUACGGCCCCAGCGCCCCACCCCCAGCACCCCAAGACCCCGGAGGAGACCUGGCCGGCCCCGGAAGCUGCCUCGCUUGGAGACCUCAGACCUCCCGGGUGGUGUGGGCGAGCCUCUUGUGAGUUCCCAGAGUGGACAGAGCCCUCCAGAGCCUCACGACCCCGAGGCUCCCAGCUCUUCAGGCCCAGGACGCCUGGUUGCCCCAGAGAAGACCGGCAAGAGCCUUGCAGAGCCAGGUGUGAGCCAGUCCGACGAGCCCGACGUCCCACCCCGCCGGCGGGGCCGACCGUCCAGGCGCUUCCUAGGCAAGAAGUACCGCAAGUACUACUACAAAUCACCCAAACCUCUUCUGAGGCCCUAUCUGUGCCGAAUCUGCGGCUCCCGCUUCUUGUCCCACGAGGACCUGCGCUUCCAUGUCAACUCCCAUGAGGCCGGGGACCCUCAGCUCUUCAAGUGCCUGCAGUGCAGCUACCGCUCCCGACGCUGGUCCUCGCUCAAGGAGCACAUGUUCAACCACGUGGGCAGCAAACCCUACAAAUGUGACGAAUGCAGCUACACCAGUGUCUACCGGAAGGACGUCAUUCGACACGCAGCUGUGCAUAGCCGGGACCGGAAGAAGAGGCCAGAUCCGACCCCAAAGCUGAGCUCUUUUCCCUGCCCUGUGUGCGGCCGUGUGUACCCCAUGCAGAAGAGACUGACACAGCACAUGAAGACACACAGCACUGAGAAGCCCCACAUGUGUGACAAGUGCGGAAAGUCUUUCAAGAAGCGCUACACCUUCAAAAUGCACCUGCUCACGCAUAUCCAGGCUGUAGCCAACCGCAGGUUCAAGUGUGAGUUCUGUGAGUUCGUGUGUGAGGACAAGAAGGCCCUGCUGAACCACCAGCUGUCCCAUGUGAGCGACAAGCCCUUCAAGUGCAGCUUCUGUCCCUACCGCACCUUCCGCGAGGACUUCCUGCUGUCCCAUGUGGCCGUCAAGCACACGGGAGCCAAGCCCUUUGCCUGUGAGUACUGCCACUUCAGCACGCGGCACAAGAAGAAUCUGCGCCUGCACAUCCGCUGCCGACAUGCCAGCAGCUUUGAGGAAUGGGGGCGGCGCCACCCCGAGGAGCCCCCCUCCCGCCGCCGCCCCUUCUUCUCUCUGCAGCAGAUCGAGGAGCUGAAGCAGCAGCACAGCGCAGCCCCUGGCCUGCCCCCCAGCUCACCGGGACCCCCUGAGGUCCCCCAAGAGGCAGCACCUUUCCAGCCAUCCGAGACCCCCCCACUGCUCUGUUCCGACACCCUGGGUGGCGCCACCAUCAUCUACCAGCAUGGAGCUGAGGAGUCUACUGCAAUGGCCACACGGACAGCCUUGGACCUGCUGCUGAACAUGAGUGCCCCACGGGAACUGGGGGGCACAGCCCUACAGGUGGCUGUGGUGAAGUCGGAGAACACAGAAGCAGCAGUCCCCGGUGGGCAGCCCUCCCCUGAAGACCCUACUCCCCAGGUGGUGACGCUGCACGUGGCAGAGCCGGAGGGCGGCAUGGCAGCCGAGAGCCAGCUAGGUCCCUCUGAUCUACAGCAGAUCACCUUGGCACCUGGGCCCUUUGGUGGGGCUGGCUACAGUGUUAUCACAGCGCCCCCUACAGAGGAGGGGACAUCAGCCCCUGGCACACCUUUCAGUGAGGAACCCCCAGGGGAGGCAGCCCAGGCUGUGGUUGUGAGCGACACCCUCAAAGACACAGGAACCCACUACAUAAUGGCAGCCGAUGGGACCCAGCUGCACCACAUCGAGCUGACUGCAGAUGGCUCCAUCUCCUUCCCAAGUGCUGAUGCUCUGGCCUCUGGAGCCAAGUGGCCCUUGCUGCAAUGUGGAGGGCUGCCCAAAGACGGCCCGGAGCCCCUGUCUCCAGCCAAGACCCACCCAGCAGGGGACCCCCAGGGCACCGCCUCCCCAUCCCCUGCAGCCAGCAAAGCCUCCCCACCAUCAGCUGCUACAGCAGCGUCAAAGAAGUUCUCCUGCAAGAUCUGUGCGGAGGCCUUCCCAGGCCGAGCUGAGAUGGAGAGUCACAAGCGGGCCCAUGCGGGGCCUGCUGCCUUCAAGUGCCCCGACUGCCCCUUCAGCGCCCGCCAGUGGCCCGAGGUCCGGGCCCACAUGGCGCAGCACUCAAGCUUGCGGCCCCACCAGUGCAGCCAGUGCAGCUUUGCCUCCAAGAACAAGAAAGACCUGAGGCGGCACGUGCUGACCCACACCAACGAGAAGCCCUUCUCCUGCCAUCUCUGCGGGCAGCGCUUCAACCGCAAUGGGCACCUCAAGUUCCACAUCCAGAGGCUGCACAAUUCCGAUGGGAGGAAGUCAGGGGCGCCUGUAGCCCGGCCCCCAGCCCAGACCCCCACCCAGACCAUUAUCCUGAACAGUGAUGAGGAGACUCUGGCCACACUGCACACUGCCCUCCAGUCCAGUCAUGGAGUCCUGGGCCCAGAACGGCUGCAACAGGCACUGGGCCAGGAACAUAUCAUCGUGGCCCAGGAACAGACAGUGACCAAUCAGGAGGAAGCCACCUACAUCCAAGAGAUCACCACAGCAGAUGGUCAGACAGUACAGCAUCUGGUCACCUCUGACAACCAGGUACAGUAUAUCAUCUCUCAGGAUGGUGUCCAGCAUCUUCUGCCUCAGGAGUAUGUUGUGGUCCCUGAUGGCCAUCAUAUCCAGGUCCAGGAGGGUCAGAUCACACACAUUCAGUACGAGCAGGGGGCACCAUUCUUGCAAGAGUCCCAGAUCCAGUAUGUGCCUGUGUCCCCGGGCCAGCAGCUUGUCACUCAGGCCCAGCUUGAGGCUGCGGCACACUCUGCUGUCACAGCAGUGGCUGAUGCUGCUAUGGCCCAAGCCCAGGGCCUGUUCAGUACCGAGGAGGCAGUGCCUGAACACAUCCAGCAGCUGCAGCACCAGGGCAUCGAGUAUGACGUCAUAACCCUGGCCGAUGACUGAGCCCCAGGGGCCCAACGCAGAUCCUGGAUGUUGGGACUGGCUCUCCUGGGGCCUGGGGGACUCACCUCCCUGUCCUCUUAAGGUGUUCAUAUACUGGGCAGCCAGCACCCUCUGACUCCCAGGGAGCCAGACCUAUGCUGUUAAGGUGGGGAGGCAGCCAUGGGCCCCAGCUAGGACAUGCUGGGUGCCCCAGCCUGCAGGCAGGCUUUGGGAGAUAAAUUUAUUUUUUUCUGGAUGGACCCCACUGGGCCCUUACUCUUAAUAAAGGGACCAGAGUCCAGCCCUGA